AUCAUGGCUGCUGGGGUCGCCGCAACUUCGUGUUUUCUGUCAUAGUCGAUGCUUUUCUUUUUAAAAAAAUCCAACUCUAGUGCGUUUGUGUGAAGGCAGAGACGGGUUGAGCUAGAAGUUUUUGUUCCAUCGGAGUAGACGGUCUGUUCCAGUGGGAUCAGCUAAUAAGAUUGGCCUUGGCCUAGAAUAGAUGGCAAACAAUGUCAACAACUAACAACAUAGCACAAGCACGGAAACUCGUGGAACAACUGAGGAUUGAAGCAGGCAUUGAGAGAAUCAAGGUAUCCAAAGCUGCUGUCGACCUUAUGAAUUACUGCGAGCAGCAUGCCCGGAGCGACCCGCUGAUUCUUGGAGUCCCGACAUCUGAGAAUCCUUUCAAGGAAAAGAAACCCUGCAUCAUCCUAUAGCUUUGCCCACAGAUGGAUGAAGCACAGCGCAUUUAAACCCAAUUAAUGAAUACCAACAGCAAGAAAUAUUCAAGUCAAUGAAUACAGGUGUCUAAACAGGAAAUAUAUUUGUUUAUUUUAAAUUAUAAUUGAAUCAGUGGGUGCAAAUCUAGCAAAGGGGAUUUAGAAAUUUCAGCCAGUGAGAAUUGACUACACCAGAGCAAGAAGGGGAGGGCUUUUAAAGGAAAACUUUUUGUUAUUGGUGUGCUUUCUAACAUGUCCACAUUUUGACUAGAUUAUCCAUUGAUAGUUUUAUUGUUUUUGUUUGGUGAGACUGGGUAAAGGGGUGAAAUGGAAGAAGAGCACCUGUCAAGCUAUCUCUACCAGAAUACCCAAAUGAAUGGUAUUGUCUUGUAUGAACGCCUUUUGGUAUUAACAUUUGGAAUACUUAGCACAAAAAACAGAAACUGAAUUAAAUGUCUAAGUAUUUCAAAUGUAAAAUGAGGAAGAAGCAGUUCAUUUCCAUUAUUAAUAUUUAAUGGACAUUGUAAAUAAGGGCACAUUUAAUUUACUCCACUGAUUCAGUUUCUUCAAUUUGAUCAAUACUGAGUACUUUAGUUUCAUUAACAACUUGGAUUAAUUUUGUUCAGUGAUGAGAGUUUUAGUGAAAUGAUGUUAUCGCCAGGAGCAUUUACAUCUGUUUCAAUCAAGGAUAUGUCAGAAAUUGUAUUUUAGAAAAUUUAACAUUGUUAAAUUAGUAUGGUAUGUGCAUCAAGGUUUCCCAGAGUUCAACUUUGUUUGUGAUAGAUCAGAAGGAGUUAAACGUUUUGUGCUAACACUUGAUGGUGCAGAAUUUCUUGCAGUGAACUCUAAUUUACACUUAUAACUGCUAAUUUAUAUUGAACACUGCAUAUACUUGCAUCAGUAUUGGUUUACAAAAUUUAUAUUCACAAGCUACUAACGUGCAUUUCGCUGUUUUGUAGACCUGGAAAGAGGCAUAAUAAGCUCAUUUCUGAUGGCUAAGACUGUGUGGAAGAAAAAUGUAUUUUGCACCUGAGUUUUUUAUUUUCUACUUUACUUUGGUUGACCUCAAAAUACUGAAAUAAUGAAAAUCAUAAAUGCUAACCUUUUAAGUUGCAUUGCUAUCCCUUGCCUAUUUUUGGACACAGAUGUUCUGCUUUUUAAUUGGCUAAUCUUUGACUCACUUAUUGAUUGGGAGAGGUUAUUAAAUUCUUAAUUUUAUGAACUGUGGAGCAAGCUGUUAAAAUCUAGAUCUUCAAAUCUACACAAUCUUCAAAGAAAUCAGCAAGUACAGUAGAGUGUCACUAAUAUUACUAAAUUCUGACUUGAAAUACAUUGAAAACCCUAUUUCCAGUGCAACGUUCUUGGCCAGCACAGCAGUGUUUACUUCCUGGUUAAGUGAAUUCACAAGAAAACCAGAGGAAUAGAAUCCUAGUACAUUUGUUGAAAGCAAGGUUGUUCCUUGCAAAGUGAUUUAAAUCCAACAAACGAGAGGAACAGCAGCCUGUUCUGCACAUGCAAAGUGAAAUGGGAAAGUAGUAGUGCCGAUUUGAAAUUUCACACUCUACUUUCCGUAUAAACAACAUGUAAACAUUUUUUCAGUUCCUAAUUUGAAAGUGUAAUGUUUAUGCAGUGGUAGUAAUUAGUUGGUUUUCUUGUACCUUUUAAUGGAAAGGUUUUCCUUCCAAUCACAACUGCCAAAUGUGAAUAUCUAUUCAGAUAGUGAAUUUUCCAACGGGAUAAAAAUAACUACCUGGUGAUGCUGCAUGAUCUUAAUAUACCUUCAGGUCCUACCUCAUAACAGGAAUAGCCUUUGCCCUACCAAUACUGGAAGGCUUCCACAUCAGGGGAAUGGACUGCAGUAGUAAGGAAAAAUUGAAAUGCAAAUUCACUGUCAUGUGUAUAUAAUAUAAAUAAUAAUUAAAAUCUUUACGUACCUGAAUUUAUAGCAGUUAGUUCAGUUUCCAGGUGUAGGUGACAAAAUAAGCUUGUGUUUAAUGUUUGACAUGUUGUCUAACCCAUCAGUCCGCUUUACGCACGGGUUUUCAUUUGACCUCUAAUUAAGUAUUCAUACUUCAUUCACAACAACCUGAAUAUAAUGCUGUUAUAUUUUAAAACUUUCCAACACUCUCAACAUUGACUAUGUAAAUGGAGUUAUGACCUCCAUGUUCAGAUGGCUGAAUAUUGCUCAGAAAUGCUAAUCUGAACUUAUUUAAUAAUUGAACUCAGAGCGCUAUUUACAUUUUGUAGAAGACACGUGUGCAUAUCUAGAUUGCUUCCAUACGAGGAAUUGAGGGAAUUUAUUUUUACAAUGUCAUUGUUGUGCCCUUUCCUGCUUGUGGAAAGCACAUGGCUCCAACCCGGUGCCAUCUCUAAUCAUUGCAGCUCUCUAGGAUUUUGUAGGUUUUUUCGUGACAUCACCACCACUCUACUUCUUUACACCUGUGAGAAAACCCUUCUUUCCUGGAAAGAAAUAAACUCAUAUUUAUGAAAUGCCUUGGUAUAUCAUAAAAUGGUUUCGAGCUAACUAACUGUUCUCAUGUGCAGUCACUGUGGUAGCUUUGCUGUACCAUUAUUGCAAAGUUGAAACAGUUGAUCAGUCAGUGAGUUCAUUUUCAAUGAAUUCUUACACAUUACCAAAUCUUCUUUUUAAAGCAGAUGCUACCACACACAAAUAAUAGGUUUUAGAAAUAAGCAAUUAAUUUCUUUCUUCAUCUUUAUUACUAGCGUUAAAUAUUUUAUUUAGAAAUAUUUAGCAGAGAAGAUUAUAAACUGGUAUCAGAACCUGCAUGAAUUUCCUUCCAGUAAAAUUAAUGAUAGGAAAAUUGUGGUUUCUAUAACACAUGCAGUCCUCCCCACCCUGUUUUUGUGUUUGCUGUCCUCAGGCCCAGUUGAUUAAAAAUGAAAACAUGUCCUGGAAAGGCAUAACAGAGAAAUACUCAAAAAUAGAGGCUAAAUACUGUGGAUGCUGGAAAUCUGAAACAAACACAGAAUUCUGGACAACUUCAGCAGGCCUGUCACAUCUAUAGAAAGAGAAAGAGAGUUAAUGUUUCGAGUCUGCCUUGACUCUUCAGACAUCACUGUUUGUCACCAUUGAAAUGCAACCUAUACAACAAAACUUCCUAACAGAACAUUUUAAUUAAAUUAUUACAAAAAAAUCACACUAAGCACAGCUUCUUAGAGUCCAAUAAUUUCUGAUAAUUUUCUUAUGCUUCUUUAUUUCUUUUGUUUUUGUGAUUCUUUAGACUUUGAGACCUCCUGUUCUGUAAAUGACUGCUUUCAAAAUAAUAAAACAAGUAACUGCAAAUGCUGGAGAUUUGAAAUAAAGGCAGAAAGUGCUUAAGAAACCUCAGCAGGUCUAUCAGUAUCUUCAUAGGGUUGCUGGGCUCAAAAUGUUAACUGUUUCUGUCCAUAGAUGCUGCCAGACCCAUUGAGUUUCUGCAGUACUUUGUCUUUGCUUUCAAAGUAACUCCCUUUACUGUUGCAGAUAUCUUCCUUUGGUUCAUAUACAGCACCCCUGUUAAUGUUCAUCAGAGAUUUACAAACUAAACAGUAUUUUAUAUAUACAUAAAUAAAGGAUUAAAUAUACUGAGACACUUGAAUGUUAUCCCAUUCUAUUUAAUAAAUAAUUCAUCAGAAUGGAAUCACAAGCAUAAUACAGCCAUAUAGCACGGAAACAGAACCUUCAGCAUCCCAGUGAGGCCAUGCUAACCAUAAUCCCAAUAUUCCAACUGCCUAUGCUUGGCCCAUAUCUGUCCAAAUAUGUCUUAAUCAUGUACUUAACCAAAUGUCUUUUAAACAUUAUAACUGUACCCACAUCCACCACUUCAUCUGGAGGUUUGUUCCACACAAAAUGUGUUUUUUAAAAAUUGCCCCUCAUGUCAUUCUUAAAUGUCUCCCCUCUCACCUUAACAAUGUGCUCCCUAGUAUUGAAAUCUGCCCCCAUGCCCCUCGCCCAGGGGAAAAGAGAUCUGCCAUUCACCUUAUCUAUACCUCUGAAGCUUUUUUUAACCCUCUAAAAGGUCACCUCUCAACUCAAACCCUCCAGUCCUGGCAACACCCUGGUAAAUCUCUUCUGAGCCCCCUCUAGCUUAAUAAUAUCCUUCCUGUAACAGGGAGACUAAAACUGGACACCGUACUCCAUUAGAGGCCUCAACAAUCUCCUGUACAAUCUUGCCGUGAUGUUCCAACUCCUAUACUCAAAAGGUCUGAGCAAUGAAUGCAAGCAUGCUAAAUGCUUUCUUAACCACCUUAUCUACUUCUAAUGCAACUUCAAAGAAUUAUGUAACUGAACCCCUAGGUUUCUCUGUUCUAUAACACUGUUCUAUAAGGCCUUACUUUUAAUUUUAUAAGUCUUGCCUUUAUUUUACCAAAAUGCACUACCUGGCAUUUAUCCAAAUUAAUAUUUUAGAAGUUAAAUUUUUUUGAUUCAGUACUACUUAGGAAAGUAAGAAAACAGCUUAAUUCAAUACUAAAAUAAAACAAAGAACUGUGGAUGCUGGAGAUCUGAAGCAAACUUUCAGGCAGAAUUCAGGAGGUCUGGUAGCAUCUAUUGACGGGGUGGUGGCGACAAAGCAGAUUAAUGUUUCAAGUCUGAGUCAGACUUUCACCAGCAAUUUGUAUUUGUUUUAGCUCAAUUCAAUACCUUCAUUAAAGAAUAACAAUGCAAACAUUCCAAACAAUUCUAAUUAACAGCAGCAGCUAAGAUUAAGACAUUUUACCUUUUACAGAUUAUAGCUGUGAGAUUAUCUAUUGGGGAAGUAAUACAAUUCUUCAUAUUUUAUAAUCAUUGUACUUGAUGUUAACAACUGGAAGAACAGAUAUUUAGAGAUGAUUAUUUGUGUGUAGUUGAUAUUGCUUGUGCUAUAAUUCUUUCUAAACAGAAAAAAAAAGUGCAUUUUAUUUCAAGUCUCUGUUAAACAACUGAUAACCUUCCAGUUAAAUAUCAACCAUGGCUCAGUUGGUAGGGCAUUUCCUUCCUACUCAGAAGGCUGUUGAUUCGAAUCCACCCAAGGCCUUGAGUGCAAAAAUCAAAGCUGCUACUCCAAUGCAGACUGAAGGAUGCUGCACACUGAGGCACCUUGUUUUGCAUGAGACAUUAAAUUGACUCUCUGCCCCUACAUGUAUUUUUUUUAAGUUUGCAACAAUUUUUAAGAAAAAUUGGAGAGUUUUUAUCCUUUGUUUUUCCUUGGUCAGUAUCAGAAAAAUAGAUUUUCUGGUCAUUUGCAGUGCAGAAACUAUUGGAUACAUUUCCUGUAUUAUGACUGCAAGCAAUUAUUAUAAUGACUACACUUCAAAGUACUCCAUUGGCUGUAAAAUGUUUGUCAUCAUGAAAGGCACAUGUAAAUGCAAGUUUGUCUUUUCUCAUUAAAACACUGAAUAUUCAUUUGCCAAAACAAUGUUCUUAAAGUUACUUGGAUAUAAUUUUUUAAAACUGUAUUUUGACAAAUCAAUCGCAAUGUUAUUACAUAUAGUGUAAAUUAUAUUAAUAACAUAAGAUAAAUUUUUAGUUGGCAGGAAUAGAAAUACUAAAACAAUUCCCAAAACACACAUGUAAGUGUGGUCCAAUGUUAUUCUUUGCAACAGUAUGUAUUCUAAUUGAAUCCCCACAGUGUGGAAACAGGCUAUUCUGCCCAACAAGCCCAUAUCAGCCCUCUGAAGAGCAUCCCCACCCAGACCCAUUUCCCUACCCUAUCACCAUAUUUCUGAUGGCUAAUGCACCUUACCUACAUAUUCCUAUACACUAUGGUGUGACUUAGCAUGGCCAAUCCACCUAACUUGCACAUCUCUGGACUGUGGGAGGAAACUGAAGCACCCCGCAAAAACUCACGCAGCCAUGGGAAAUACGUGCAAACUCCACACAGGUGGUCGCGCAAGGUUGGAAUCAAACCAAAGUCCCUGGUGCUGUAAGGAAGCAGUGCUAACCACUGAGCCACUGUGCUGCCCCUCUUGGUCUCUAGCAAUCACAAUUCCUUGGUUUGUAGUUUUCCUGAUGAGUAAAGAUUGUUUUACCUUUCGGAACUUAAUAGUUUCAAAACACUUAAGUAUACAUUGUGAAUUGGAAACACAUUCCUCUUGACUUUUUAAGAGGUGUCAGAUAUCUUUUCCAUCUUUCUCCUCUCUCCUCAUCCCAUCCCUAUUUGAUUGCAAGUUUAUUGAGUGAGUAGCUGAACAAGGAUUCUCUUGGGAUCUAUCCAAAUUCUGUGCUCAGUUAGCUGUUACGGUGUUGGAGUGACAACAUGGUCGGUCUCAUUGUUUAUAGAGCGUGAAAGGGAUAAAAUCAUACAGGCGUCCCACUUGACACUGAAUUUCCAGACCCCUUGUCAGAAGUGCAUUUUGUAAUCCUUUGCUGAGGACGUGAUUUAACUUUGCUGUAAUGCUGAUUGGAGUCAAAUCACCUGCUGACAUUGAGGCACAAUGCCAUUAGUUUAGGAUCUACAAGUAGCUGAUGUCAUUUGAAACUUUAGCCCAAAUAUUUAGAUAUGUUCUAUGUCACCAUGUUCCGAAAUGGUAAUGCACACCCCUGGAGCAGGUAGGCUUUAAUUUCAGGUCUUGUAGCUCAAAGGCAGGGACACUACCACUGCAUCACAAGAGCCCUUAUCCUAGACAUUUACUUAACUCCAUUUAACUUUAUGCUGUGCUCAGCAUGCACCUGUCCCUCAGUUAGAAUGGGGCUGCACUCUGGAAUUGUCCACCCUGUUGUCUCUCACUUGCUACCCACUCACUGUUUCCAAAAUCUUCACAAAAUUUUCUUCUUCACUUGGAAUCAUAGAACCCCUGCACUUUGGAAGCAGGCCAUUUGGCCCAUAUGGUCCACACUGACGGUCCAAAAAGCCUUCCACCCAGACCCAUUCCUCUACCCUAUCCCUGUAACCCUGCAUUUUCCGUGGCUAAUCCACCCAACCAGCACAUCUUAAGACUAUAGGCAAUUUAGCAAGGCCAUUCCACCUAACCCGCACAAUUUUGGACCAGGCGAAAACCCAUGCAAAUGUAGGGAGAAUGUACAAACUCCACACAGAUUGCCGCCUGAGGAUGGAAUUGGACACUAGUAUCAUCAGGCAGCAGUGUUAGCCACUGAGUCACUGCAUUGUUCCUUAGUUUCUUCAUCCUAGCCACUUCCCUCUUCCCUUGUUCAAAAUCCACCUCAUUAUCAUAGACCAUUAGGGUACAUCAUUCUGUCAGAAGUGCCAAAUAACUAACAAUUGUUGAAUCAAUGUCUGGACAAAAUGGAAGGAAAGCUAAAAAGUGCCAAAAUAUUAGAAAAACAAAAGUGAAAAUACUAACAACAAAAUGACUCUUUCAAAUUAAAUUCAAUUUGUUUUUUAAAUUAAAAAUUUAUGUACAACAUGAAUGUGCAAAAUUUAACCUCAUGAGCCUUAGGGGCCACAUAACAGAUUUAAUGAAUACAUAUUGAUGUUAAAAUGUAUGUAUCUCAAGAUAUGUGUAGGUCUUAGUUUUGUAAUUUGGGACCUGUGAAAUAAUAGAAUUUUAGUCUCUUUUUCAAACCGACAAUCCAUGAAAGUUGAAACCAGAGCAAAUGUUACAAUUUUAAAUGGAAUCUAAUAGAUUUUGUUAAACAAUAGGGCUUCGAAGCCAUGUGUAGUUUCACAAGCCAAUUUGGAUUCCCUGUUUUAAAAGGUUGAAUAUUGGAGCAAUCCAGAAGCUUGUGUUCUCAAUAGAACUGAAAGUAUUAUCAAUAUUAGUCUUAGUGAUCCGAAUGUUUUUAUUUAAAUUUCUAAUUUGAAAAGAAGUUCUUAUUCUUCCAUUAGAUGUGGCAGCUCAGGCUCAUUUGGCCAAUUCAUUGUGCAACUAUGGACAACUUGCCGUAUUAUUUUAACAGUUAAACUAAGUAGAUAAGGUGCAAGUUUAAAGAUAUAACUAACUGGUUUAUGUGUAUUUCAAAACUAGAAACAACAUUAGUUUACAGAGAAAGUGUUCACAUGCUCAGAGAUUUCCACAUAUAUUCAGAACAAAAAAUGUUUCUGUUAAAAUGUAUCCUUUGUUGUAAGUAUUGGGUUCUUGUCAACGUUUGCUUGUUCAGACUAAGUUUCAUACACUUUUGGCUUAAAGUAUGGAUUUUACAAAUUCCCAGAAGAUCCAAAUCUGGUUGAAACUUCUGAUCCAAAUGUUUGUAGUAAUUUCUUCAAAUGGGAAAUUUUGUUUAUGUUUUCAAAAAUAUUCUGUUAUUUAACUACAGUGCCAAAAAAAAGUUUUCCUUGAGACAAGAUGAUGCCAGUUCCAACCAUAAUGAGGUAAAUAAUGAAAGGGUGAACUCAAUAACUGUUUUCUAUAGGGGUGAAAACAGGUAGAAUUGAACCAACCUGGAAGUUAACUUUGUCAAAGCAAUGAAUUUAAGAAUGAUACAAGGCAGCUACAUUGUUGGUUUCCAACUUUUCCAAAUUUGGAGCUCUUCUAAUACAAGGAAUGAAAUAUGAGGCAGGGUUUUGAGUUACUUCUGUGCCUCUGUUAAAGUAAAACUGGGUGACCUACUCCCAAACCUCUGAAAAUGGCACUUUCUAAACAUAUUAUACAGGAGAGGGUCAGCUGGAAUAGUUCGCACAUUCUUAUCAUUAGAGCAGGUGGCUGUUUGUAGACUUCAUGUUUAUCAUUAUCCUUUCAUACUAUGGCCAAAAAUCAUUACAUUUCAAUGUAGAGAAUUUCUGUUGAGCAUUGCACUGUGAUUUGUUUCCUCCAGAUGAUCCCAUUUUGUCAUUGAACAAUUAACCUUGAUAAAAGGGGCUUUUUCAUUUAUUCAGUUCCCUAUUUCAAGGUCUGAUCUAUGGGUAGUUUUAUUUUGCCAAAGUACUGAUUAGUUAGUCCCAGCAUUAGGAUCCAGACAAAGAAUUCUGAUGAACUGUGGUAGAAAUACUACAGCUUGCCUUGGCCAACUAUUAUCUAUAAACUUUUAAACAUGUAUUUUUGUUAAGUGUUUUAAGUUGUUUUAUAAUUGAUUUUUAUGAAUUAGAAAGUAGUUAAUCAUUUGUUUAGACAACAAUAUUUAUAAUAUGGUUUAGUAGGUUGCCCAAAGCACACCACCCUACAUGUUCGUUUAUGCUGUCAUUGAAUGUGAUUUCCCUUUAUAGUAAGAAGUGUCUCCUAUUGGUAAACUAUUUUUUAAAAAACAAAGUUUUAGGGGUGCAGACUUAUCAAUUGCUCAAAGUAUAAGCUGUCCUCAAAUUGACUCAGAAUUUAAGAAUUGUUAUAGGCUCUGUAAUAUUUUUGGUACUCAAAAGGCUUGUUACUGAUAAGAUACAGUUAAUGAGAAAAAUUUCUCAACUUUUUAAAAACAAACAAACAAACUAUUAAAUGACUGGUAAGGAACACUUUGUAUUUCCCAAUUUGAAAUAAAUGCAAUUAGCUGCAGUAAUACCUAUCCUCUUUAAAAUCCCAGUUUCUUUUUCAGGGUAAAUGAAACACCAUUCUUUUUUUUACAUGAGAAAUUGAGAUCAUAGAGCAGGACACUCUAAGUUUAAGAAGAGUAGGAAAGAAAUAAGGUAAGCAAGGUUAGCAUUCUUCAGAUUAUAGGAAAGGGUUGGAUUUAGUGAACUCUAUAUGGUUUAUGGAUUCCGGCACAGGUGUGUAAAACUUCAUGACUUCAGAUAGAGGAAGAAACAAAUUUGAUGUAAUUGGCAAGAGAAUCAAAAGUGACAUGAGGAAAACCUUUUUGGGCGUAACAAAUUGUUACUAUUUGGAAUGCUUUGCCUGAUAGGAUAGUGGAAAACAAUUAAAUCCUUUAAAGAGAACUGGACAAAUACUGAUCUCCAUCACUGAGAAGAAUAAAUGCAACAGGCACAAUUCAUCCACCCAUUAGUAUUCUUCUAAGUCACCUGUCAUCCUCCACUUGGAAAUUCAUCAUUGCUUUGUCAUUAUUUGAUCAUAUUUACUCCUGGAAUUCCCAGUCAGAGGCACUAUUGGUGUAUCUACACCACAUGAACUACAGUGAUUCAAAAAGAUGGUUUACCACCAACCUCUCUGGCAACUAGAGAAUAAUAGUAAAUAUGUACCUUAUUAGUGAUGGCCACAUCUAAUGAAUGAAUCCUUAAAAAAAAGACUUUGUAUGAAAUGAAUCUCUGAAAAAUCCAUAGUUUGUAUAUCAUAGACAUUCUACGUUGGGUUCCAUUAUCUGUCUUAAAAAUUCAUUAUACUUUCUUGAAUAUAGUAUGUGUAAUUAUUCCUGACCGCUUGUGUUGAUGCCUUUGAGUACAUUUCUAGUUUCGUUCACGUAGUGGCUUGUCAAACUAGACACAACACAAACAUAAAAGCAAAAUCACUGAUGCCAAAUGAUUUAAUGUAAAAUAUCCAUGUACUUCUCCACAUAUGCUUUUCUUGAAAUUGCUUUUUCUGAAAUCGGUGAGAAUGCAAAGUUAAAUGUGACAUUUGUUCUCUUCAGAUUCACAUUUAUAGUUUAUUUAAAUACUUAGUUUAUGCGGCAUGGUGGCUUAAUGCUUAGUACCGUUGCUUCCCUGCACCAGGGAUCCCAGUUCAGUUCCAUCCUGGGGCAACUGUCUGUGCGGAGUUUGUAUGUUCUCUCCAUGUCUGCAUGGGUUUCCUCCCACAGUCCAAAGGUGCGUAAGUUAGGUUGAUUGGCCAUACUGAAUUACCCUUAGCAUUCAGGGAUGUCUGAGUUCAGUGUGUUAGUGAUGGCAAAUGCAGGGUGACAGGGAUAGGGUAGGAGGAUGGGCCUGGGCAGAAUGCAGUUCAGAGAGUGGUUUUUGGACAUGUUGGGCUAAAUGACCUGUUUCCACACUGUAGGGAUUUUGUGUAUAAACCCUGGAUUUUGUAAGUCAAAACUUCAUUCAGAAUCUGAUUAAUAUUGUUUCCAGCUUAAAAUCAACAGUCUAAUGGACUCAACAGAAGGUUUCCUAUGCUGUAAUCAUUACUAUUUUAUGAUAAGCCAUGCAGAUUGUAGAAAAACGCACACUUUUUAAAAUGCAUUAUUACUUGCUUUACUCAUGGGUAUAUCUUUUUUAAAUUACUGCAUAAUCCCCAAGUUGGUUUUCUUGAAAUCCUUCCAUGGCCUCAAUGGCUGCCAACUUUCUGUGAGCUUGAAGGAGGGAAACUCGUUAGAUUAAAGGCAAGAUGUUUGGAGGAAGACGUAGUAAAUUAAUGGCCCUGCUUUUAGACCACUGACAUGAGGGUGGACAGAGCAGUCAUGGCUAUUAUCAUUAUUAUUUUCUGACUAAACCUCACUUUUCAGUAGAAUUGUUGGAUCCAGCUUGUGAUAUCACAUCAUAUAGGUUUAAUUGAUAGAUACUUCAUGUGUCUGUUCCAGUACCAUUUAUGAUGAGAAUUGAAACACAGCCUUUUAUCUGCUUAUACUCUUGAUGGACUACAUUUUGACCAGGAUGCACAUAAAGCAUAAGGCUGCCUCAGCCCCUGUUAUAAAUAUGGCCUGACAUUCAGCCCUACAGAAUUUUGUGGAGACAUCUACCACAGACACAUUAGCACAUUUACCCUCACCAAAAGUUCUGUUAGUGUGGCAUUGCAUACUGAGUCUUGACAUCAUUAUACUACCCAUCACUAGUGAUGGGGCUUUUUCCAUGACUAAAUUAUCGUAAAGUCUGGACCUUCUCAAUUAUGAUGGAGGAUUUUGCAGUGUGUUUUUCCUUAAACUCCACAGUUUGUACAAAUUGAGCAUAUUUAUAUUUAGUUAUUUUCCUUCUCAUCUUCAGAAGGAAUUCAUGUCAAUCCUGCCUUCAUCUGAUAUGAAGACAGUGCACUCUUCUUGGAGGUGGAGCUCAAUUGCAGAAUAUCUGCUUGAAUUCUACUACUCCAGCUGUAGUAUCCACUUGUUGCCACAACUGAGGAUCAGCUUCUCCAGCAGAGUUUGGCAAUAAUCCUGAACUUUGGUGACCUAACAGUAUCUGAACUUUGUAUUGCAGAAGGGUUGUUAUCCAAACAUAUAAGAUUCCUUAGAUGCUGUUCUACUGCAGGAAAGGUGACCCAAACUGAGACACCUGACCUGUAGACUUUUGAUUUUGAAAAGCAUUUCUGGUUAACUGGUUAUGAGUUUGGAGCUAGAACAAGACAUUAAUUACUCAUGAGAACUCAAGUUAUCAUAAGUGAAAAUAAGCUAUCCACAGUUAAAACUAAUGAAUGAUACUCUUGAGUUUACCCAAAUACAAUAGAUGUGUUUCCAGCAGACAAAGCAAGUAAAGAUGCUGCAAGGUGGCAUACUGUACAUUUCACAGGUGGCAUUGCAAUAUAAUUGUAACAUUUAAAUAGUUGUCGAAUUUCCUGUGCCCUGACAGGAUAUACAAAGCUGAUUAUUUCUUUCAGGAGAGAUUUUGACAAAAGUUCAGUCAUAAUUCCAGUUAACAAAUGAUCAGGAGAUGUCCCAGUGUUGUUCUGGUCGAGGCACAAGUUAGCCAAGUAGUAUGAUUAUUAGUAGUUUUUUUAUCCCACUACUUGACAAACUCUGCAGAAAAUCUUUCGGGCAAGAUUCCUCAGGCAAAUUAUUAAACCAUUUUAAAAAUGAAGCUAAAUCUGUCAGCCUCACCUUAAAUGACAAAAUUGAUGAUACGUGGCCUAUGGCUAUUCUGUAUUUAUUUAUUUUGUCUCUGUGGGAAAACAAGAAAAAAAAGUAAGGUUUUGGUAACCCCUGAAAGUAAAUACUUUUACUUGUAAGCAUCUUUGGUGCUGUGUAAAUCAUGUAGGAUUUCCUUAAUUACCCCAUGCUUUGUUCACAUCGAGUUAAUCUUAUUUCAGUGGGUUUUAAUUAUCAACACCUUGCUCCACUUUUUUCGUGUAUACAUAUGUUUUUAUGUCUGUUUCUUAUGGUAGAUUCUACUUCUUCACACUCCACAGGCAGUACAGCUUCUCCUUGCUACAAGUGGUAGUCUAGUUUUUGGAACACUAUACGUACAGUAGGAAUUCCUCAUACAGUUCUGUUAGUGGGCCAUCACCCUCAAAGGCCAUUCUUCAUGUGUAAACGGAGGAUAAUUGUUGUAAACAAGCAUUCAAUCUCAUUUAUACCUCUGGAGUUGAUGUGGGCAGAAAACCUACCUGGUUCCUCCCACUAUCUUUUGCUAUGGAGUAUAUGGAUUUAUCUACAACAUUUCUUCUAUCCAAACAAAAUUUGGAGUUAAUGUUUAAAAGUUGAUAUCAAAAUUUGUUUGAUUCAUACAACGUGCAAUUUUGGUCGCACAGUUGCCACACUGGGAUUAUAUUAGUGGAGAAAAAUAAAGUAAUUUUAUUUUAUAUAGGAAUGUACAUGUCUCAUCGCAGUUGUUUAAUACCAUUAUUGCAGUUAACCUAGAGCUUUAGCAGUUAACAUGUUAACCAGAUUGGCAAAGUGUAUUUAAAUAGCAUUUAAGAAUUUUUUGUAGCAAAGUUGUUUGCCAAAUUCUUACCUUGUUGCCAAACCUGUCUGUAUUUCUUACUGCUGUAAUAAAUGUAUGUAGCAUUCUUUCUUUAAUUCAGCUUUAAUCUUUUUUUCCCCCGAAUGUGCCAUAGCCUACUUUGUUACAGUGUUUAAACUUUUGUGGAAAUGUUACAAAUUGGAUUGAUAACACAAUAAAAUAUUCACAUUUUCAAUCA